GCAGAUUUAUAGUACAUUGACAGCUUUGCGUAAUUUUUUAUACGUAAAAUUGGUACAAAAUCUUUCUUAAACUGAACUCAUGUAUGAAUGCGUGAGCUCAAAAUUAAUGUACUAAGUGCCGCCUUUUCUUACGUCGUAUAUUACCUAAAAUGUUACUUACUCUAUGGUGCCCAUCCCCUGCGUUGACCUAUUCCUCUGAGCCUAUUCCUAUAAUAUUUAUGUUUUUGUGGUUGCAGAAUUGAAAACUUGUAAUGUUUCAGAUAUCUUUCUAAUUUACGCGUAUGCAAUAAAAGGAUUAUCAUGUAAUUCAUACAAUGCACCUAAAUGAUAUUGUGUCAAACAUGCAAAUAUAUCAAAGAUCGUAGGUCUGGACAAAAUGUUUUUGAUUUAUUUAAGAAAGUAUAAAAUUAUGAUCCUAUUCAGUGUAUUUUUCUUUUAUAUCGGAUGUGGUAUUACACUAAGUUUCUUGCGCAUGGACUGUGCUGAUGCUCUUUCUAAAACCAGUAAAGCGUCUUUACUAUCAAUACCUAAUGUGGAAUAUGCAGUACUUAUAACUAGCGCUCCUGUUAAUGAAAAAAAACGCGAUGCUAUCAGGGCUACUUGGGGUAAAUUUGCCACAAAUAUUUUUUUAGAAAAUGGUGAGGUACUUUAUAAAUGGAAUCAUUCACAAGCAACAUAUCAAACACAGCAUGAACAAAUAAAAUUUUAUUUUUGCAUUGGGACAGAAGGUUUAACCGAUAAUGAAAUGCAAAAGUUAAUUGAUGAAAAUAAAAGAAGUACCGACUUAUUGUUACUUGAAAACCUUAAGGACAGUUAUCAGAAUUUAACCAAAAAGAUACUGCUCACCAUGAAAUGGUUCAGCCAAAAGGUAAAGGGUUUAAAGUAUGUCAUCAAGUGUGAUGAUGAUUCUUUUGUGCGAGUUGAUCUCAUUAUACGAGAAUUGGAAGCUUUUGCACCUGAGAUGAGUUCUGUAGAAAUAAAUAAAUAUGUUACUCAUAAGAGACCAUUGAAUAAAUACCAAGGGCUCUAUUGGGGAUACUUCAAUGGUAAAGCUCGAGUAUACUUGAAAGGCAAAUGGGAAGAAAAGGACUGGUUCUUGUGUGACAAUUAUUUACCAUAUGCGCUUGGUGGCGGUUAUGUGAUAUCAAGCAGUAUUGUACAAUAUAUUGGAAACAAUGCUGAAUUUUUGAGGUGUUAUAACUCUGAGGAUGUAUCUAUGGGUGUGUGGACAGCUGCAUUAGAUGGAAUCAACAGAGUUCACGAUGUGAGGUUUGAUACAGAAUGGAAAUCAAGAGGCUGUACCAAGGACAUGCUGGUGCGUCACAAACAGACUCCAAGUGACAUGUUUCUGAUGUAUAAGACUUUAGUUGAAACACAUGGUGAACAACUUUGUAAGACUGAAAAUACCGUAAGGAGAUUCUACUAUUAUAACUGGAAUGUUUUGCCCAGUUCAUGCUGUAAAUAAGGCAAAAUGUUUUAUAGGCACAUUUUUUGUUCAGAUGUUGCACUAUAUGAUUAUGGUGUUAAACAUUAAAUGGAUUUACGAAUUUGAAGAAAUCAAGUAACAGUGUUUUUUAUUAGGUUAAGCAGAAUGUGGAAUAUAAUUACGAUUGUACACUGCCCUUUUCUUUGUUCAAAAAUAGGUGAUUAAUGUUUCGAACAACGAAGGAACCAAAAGGAUUGAAUAACUAACAAAUAUAUUGAUAUUUAGAUCAUUCA